CUCUAUUUGUGUGGAACUAAAGAGUCCAAAAAAUUAAAAACCAUCUCUCUCUCACUCUCAACCGCUUUACUUGGAUCUCAAAACCUCUCCACUUUCUCAAAUCUUAGUCUAAUUUUUUUUUUUCACAAACUCUCAAACUCUCCCAUUCAUUCUCUCUCGGUAUCGAGAGCUCUAAAGAGAUCAAUCUUACAUAGCUCUCGAUCCGAGUUUAAAUAAUAUCAUAUCAUAUCAUGUAAGUGUAAAAUUGUUGUUUGUAUUUAAGUAUUGGAAUUAGAAUUUAUUUUAAAAAAAAAGUAAUGGAGAAUUUAGCGUCGCAAUUGAAGCGAGGGAUAUCGCGGCAAUUCUCGACGGGUUCGCUGCGGAAGACGCUGAGCCGGCAGUUCACGCGGCAGGCUUCCCUGGAUCCGCGGCGGAACAAUCAGCGGUUCAGCUUCGGGCGGCAGUCGUCGCUGGAUCCGAUACGGCGUGGCGGCCAGGGAGGAGAUAGCGACAGCGGGGACGGGGAUAGAGCGGACCUCACCGUGCCGGAGAACUUGGACGCGACGAUGCAGCUGCUGUUCAUGGCGUGUAGAGGCGACGCGAAAGGAGUGGAGGAUUUGUUGAAUGAGGAAGGGAUUGACGUGAAUAGCAUUGACUUGGAUGGGAGGACUGCGUUGCAUAUUGCGGCGUGUGAAGGACAUGUUGAGGUUGUUAAGCUCUUGCUCAGCAGAAAGGCCAAUAUUGAUGCUCGUGAUCGUUGGGGGAGUACGGCAGCUGCUGAUGCUAAGUAUUAUGGACAUAUGGACGUUUACAAUAUUUUAAAGGCCCGUGGAGCCAAAGCACCGAAAACCAGGAAGACACCAAUGGCUGUUGCGAAUCCUCGAGAAGUUCCAGAGUAUGAGCUUAAUCCACUAGAGCUUCAAAUUCGGAAGGGUGAUAAAGUUUCAAAGGGAACAUAUCAAGUGGCUAAAUGGAAUGGUACAAAGGUAUCCGUAAAGAUACUUGACAAGGACAGCUAUUCUGACCCUGAGAGCAUAAGUGCUUUCAAACAUGAGCUUACAUUGUUAGAAAAGGUCCGGCAUCCUAAUGUGGUUCAGUUUGUUGGAGCUGUUACCCAAAACAUACCCAUGAUGAUUGUUUCAGAGUAUCAUUCAAAAGGCGACUUGGCAUGUUACCUUCUAAAGAAAGGGCGUCUCUCUCCAUCCAAAGUUUUAAGAUUUGCUCUUGAUAUUGCUAGGGGCAUGAAUUAUCUGCAUGAAUGUAAACCAGACCCAAUCAUCCACUGUGACUUAAAGCCAAAAAAUAUUUUGCUCGAUAAUGGGGGUCAGUUGAAGGUUGCUGGAUUUGGAUUGCUCAGAUUGUCAAAAAUGUCACCAGACAAAGCAAAACUAGUGCAGCCAGGGGCUGACCGUUCAAACUUAUAUAUGGCACCUGAGGUUUACAAAGAUGAGAUAUUUGACAGAAGUGUGGAUGCCUAUUCCUUUGGUCUCAUUUUGUAUGAGAUGAUUGAGGGUACACAACCUCUCUGUACCAGGUCUCCAGAAGAAGCUGCAAAAGUUUUGUGUUUAGAAGGAAAGAGACCACCAUUCAAGAUCAAAGCAAAAAGUUAUCCUCCAGAUCUAAAAGAGUUGAUUGAGGAAUGCUGGGAUCAAAGAGCAGUUGUUAGGCCAACUUUUUCUGAGAUUAUUGUUCGGUUGGACAAAAUAGUAGCAAAUGGGUCAAAACAAGGAUGGUGGAAAGAUACUUUUAAGCUUCCUUGGUAUGUUUCUCCUUCCAAUUAUCUCUAAUAAUUAAUUUGUUGUAUUUUUUUGACAUAAAUAAUCCAUAUCAAGAAUCUUGAAAUAUUUGAUAACCAUUGUUGAGCUUACAGGCAGAAUUAGCCUUCCACAGUUAUUGAAAAGCAAAUAAAUCUUGCACAUGCUUAAUGAAUAUCCAAGGCUCCUAGAUGUGGGUCAAUUUGUUGUAAAACUUUUUUGUUUUUUCUCUCCCUUUCGUGUCACAUUGAAUUUGAGAUGCAGUAUAAUAGAACUGGUGUGGAAUGUAUAAUUUUCCAAAAAAUACCUUCUCCUAGAAGGAGGAGCUAGGGGUCAAAAAUAGGGUUUUGCAUUUCAAAUUCUAGGAUUGGUACUCUAGAAUCAAGCUUGUUUGCAAUACUUAUAGGGGCAUUAGAGUGGAAGAAUGAAGUGAGGAAGUCGUAUUUUUGGAUUUUGUUUAUACGCAGAUGCAGUAUAUAUUUAAACAAACCCAAGUGAGGGUAUUUAGUCAUUCGCCUGAUAAAUUGGGCCAAUUGUACAAAUUACUCAUGGACAAAUUUCACUACUGAAAGUUGAAACA